AAUGUUUACAAAAAGGAUAUUUUUUAUUUUCUUCUGUUUUUCUUUUACUAUUUAUUUAAACGCAGCAAGUGAUGCUGAAACUGACACACUUUCUGAGUCAAUCGACAAAAAACCUUUAAACUCUGCUCGUAUAUUGACAUCAAAAUUUACUCUCUCCCAGUAUGCAGUCGAAAAUAUGGAUUUUGUAAUUGAAUAUGUACUUUAUAAUGUUGGUGACAGAACUGCUUUAAAAGUCACAAUGGAUGAUAGAAAUUCUUUUCCCACACAAUCUUUUGAAAUUGUUAAAGGUUUUUUGCAUGUUCAUUGGGAGGAGAUUGCGCCUGGAGAAAAUGUUACUCAUUCUGUUAUUGUGCGCCCGAGAACUUUUGGUAUUUUUAAUUAUACUUCCGCAAUGGUUACUUAUUACCCAACAAAUGAUGCCAAACAAGCAAUUAUUAGCUAUUCAACAGCUCCGGGAGAAGGUAAUAUUUAUCGUUUGAAGGACUACGAAAGACGAUUUGCCUCGAAAAUUAGUGUUUGGAUUGGUUUUUUCUUACUUGCAAUGCCCACAACUGUUCUCCCAUUUAUUAUUUGGUUCCAAGUACAGAAGAAAUAUGCAAAAACACAAAUUGGUCAAAAGAAGAAUCGAUAA